AUGCCACCCAUGGUGUCUAGUCAGCCCGAGAAAGAGACUGCAGGACUCAGCUGUGUGCCCGUCUUCUUCAGUGAAGAGAUAUUCACCAGUCAAUACACCAUCCUGAGAAAGUUAGGCCAGGGUUCCAACGCCAAGGUGAUGCUGGCCCAGCACCGUCUCACGGGCGUCCCAGUAGCUGUGAAAGUGCUUGUGAGGGAGAUGCUCUGGCGCCAGCAGGCUGUUUCAGAAGUGGACAUUCUGAUGACCAUCAGCCACCCGAACAUUGUCUCCCUCCUCCAAGUCAUCGAAACAGAAAAGAAUAUCUACCUCAUCAUGGAGAUGGCUGAGGGACAACAGCUGUUCCAUCACGUCUGUGAGGUCGGACACUUGCAGGAGAAGGAGGCCCGAGGACUAUUUCACCAAAUCAUAGGUGCCGUGGGCUACUGCCAUGACCACGGCAUAGUCCACAGAGACCUGAAGCCUGAUAAUAUCAUUGUAGACAGCUCUGGAAGAGUGAAGAUCAUCGACUUUGGCCUGGGGGCCAAGGUCAGGCCUGGAAAACUGCUUGAGAGGCCUGGAGGGGCAUUCCAGUUUGGUGCCCCUGAAUUCUUCCUAGGGGUGCCAUACGAUGGCCCCAAAGUAGACAUCUGGACCUUGGGGGUCCUCUUGUUCUUCAUGGUAACUGGGACAUUUCCAUUUUCGGCACCCACCUUAUCAGAGCUUUGGAAGCAGGUGGUUCAAGGGAGGUAUGAGGUCCCAAACCAGCUUUCUGAAGAGCUACAGGGCCUAAUCAGGUACUUACUAACUGUCAACCCCAGCCAGAGGCCAACGGUUAAAGAGAUCAAAAGGCACUCAUGGCUAAGACAUGAAAGCACAUCAGCUCACAACGAAGAGACAAUCCCAAGCCUCCCAGACCCUGCAAUCAUGGCCGCCAUGGCCAACAUUGGCUUUGACAUCCGAGAUAUAAAAGAUGCCUUACUGAACAGGAGAUUUGAUGAGACAAUGGCAUCGUACUGCUUACUACACCACCAGGCACGCCAGGAGCAUAGCCGCUCAGCCCACCCCAAUCUCAGGGACACAGAGCCGACACAUUUCACCUCACCCAUGGAUCCCGUCUCUUUCCCUUUGCCUCUGAGGAGGAGGGCCAGCGAACCUGCCCUUCAGACAAUCUUACCUUCAACAAAAAACCAGAGGCUAGAGAUUGUCCAACAGCCCAGACAAAGGGGCGGCAGAAGUGCCACUGAGCAGGACAAUCCUCUCUGCUUCUACUCUUGGCACGUUCUUGGCACCGCUCACCUGUGUGACAUUGGUGUUUCCCAUGUUUAUUCACUGACCAGCAGUCAGGGGAACACAGAAAACAAGAAGGCCUUCCCCAAUGAGCCAGACCACAGGGAGAGUGCAGCCUCAAGUCCUGGACAGCAAAGUGUCUGGAAGGCGUGGGCAAGGAGGAUCGGGAAACAUCUAUGGAAGCUUUGCUGCUGCACAGAAGAAACCUCAAGGAUGGCAGAGCAGGGUGUCACCCGGAAAUGA